UCCUGCAGGGUGACGAACAGAUCCUGCAGCAAGUGGAGCCCAAGUGUCCCAGAAAAGGAGAAAUUAAGGCAGCGAAGGGCAGAGAUAGAGAAAGUAAAAACAAGACAACAGCUUGCAGCUUCUCAACACCAUGGCCCAAAUUAAGGUCAAUCAGGUCAAGGGCAGCGAUGCAGAGAACAAGUUCCUUCGCUCUCUGUCUAUGGCAGACCAAUCCGGGCGAUUACUGGAAACUCUCGACAACUUAGAGCUGAGGGUAGAAGCUUUGCGGGAAGCAGCAGCUUCAAUGGAGCAAGAGAAGGAGACCCUACUGGAGUUGAUCCAAAGUGUGCAGAACAGCCAGGACAUGAAGCAUAUCAGCGAUGGGGAGCGGGAAGAACUCAAUUUAACAGCCAAUCGCCUCAUUGGCCGAACCCUGACUGUGGCAGUUUCCGUGGAGACGAUCCGGAACCUUCAGCAGGAGGAAGCCCUCAGCAAAGCCAUGAUGUUGAUUGAUGAGGUGGUCAACAAGGUCCUGCAGGAUUUAGGAUGCGCCAAGAACUGUUUGACAGCUCUCUAUAAUGCCUGCUCCUCUGAGGCACCUCAGGGCCCGAUUGACCAGAGAUUUCAAUCCAUCAUCGUAGGCUGUGCAUUGGAAGAUCAGAAGAAAAUCAAAAACAGGCUGGAAAGGCUGAUUAGAAAUGUUUCCAAUGCUGACAGAUCAAUCACCCUCUUGGACCAGCAGAAAGCAAAGCCUGGUAACUACAAUCAUAUAUACUGAAACACUCCGUGCCUGUGCUACUCAACGAACAAAAUAUAUUUAACAAAGUGAGUAUUUACACCAAAGUGUCAGUCAAUGAGUUGGAGGUGUGAUGGGACCUGUGGAAGGACUCACAACAAACAGUUUAUUUUACCCAGCAAACUGUCUAUUUAAAUAGUAUACUACAGCAAACAGUCUACAGAAUCUAUUUAAAAUGAGUCACUACAAACUACAGCAAAUAGAACUCAUUACCAAAACUAUAGCAAAAUUUCCUGAUAAAUGCAGGGUUACAUCUCUUGAAAAAUGCAGUGAAUGGAGGAUAGUUACCUAAUAUAAAUUAUAGACAUAAAAUCAAUCCCAGUCUACUAACAGCAGUGCAGUGUCCAGGCAUGAUUGACGAAAGGUUUUAUCCACCAUUUCAAAUCUAGCUGGGAAUUGUGGUGUCACUACAUGCAGCCAGUUGUGUUACUGCCUGUGCUGUACUUGGGGCAUCCUCCCACAAUGUAAAAGUCUGCUGGAAACACAUCUAACACUUUGGGGUUGAGUUUCUGCUUUUAUACCGUUUCCGCAUUCAACAAUCUGCACAUUGCCUUCAAAAUGGUGCUAGUUUACUAAAGUGAAGUUAUGCUUCAAGUUUUCAAACUAAUUUGCACAUUCUCAAACAUGAAAUCUCCCACAAACCAGUUCAGUUGGGCAGCAUUUUAGAAUGUAAUUGUUUGGUUUCCCUUGUAUUAAAAAAUAUUCCUUGAUAUAUUUAAAGUGAUUAAAACAGGUAGUUUUAUUACUACAACUGAAAGUACAUUCAUCACAAAAACGUAAGCAUUUUUAACCAGAAUCCAUCACUUCUGAGUAACCCAACUUAAAAAAACUGAAGUGACAUUAAAAAACAUACACAAACAAUUACUAGUUUUAUUGGUGCCCUGUAAAGCAGUACAUUCAGUUUCUUAGUAUUAUUUUAAUGUUUAAAAAAUGUUUAAAGCAUUCCUAUCAGUAUUCCUGCAACUAAAAAGAACUGUUUAAUUUUAAAAGGUUUGUUGGAGGCCCCUAAAUGGACAUAAUUAAUCAAAAUGGUCCCUGGAGAUCAGUUGGAUUUGGGGUGCGGUUGGCUUCAAGAGCAGUGAGUUUUAAUAUAGUGCAAAAGAUAGCGGAAACUCUUCUGCAUAGGUUUGAUUGAUUUUGGACGAAUAAAAAAAAUGUCUGAUUGGAAACACUGCCCCAUUAUGUUUAACUUUUUGUCUCAAAAAUUUUAGGUAGUUAUUUACUGACUGAAAUGGAGGGUGAAUGUUGCAUUAGCAUUUCUUCAACUAAGCAAAAAUGAUGUGUACUUUCUUCCAAAGGUACAAGGCUGAAUUAUUACUGUACACCUGAGUUACUCACUAUGAACAGAACAGGGCUUUUCUAUAACAUUGUUCUUUUAGUCUAAUUUCACUGCUAAGUAAAAAGUCUCCAAAUUAGUUUUGGUUCCAAAGCUGUGUUUGAACAAGGUUUUUUAUUUCUGAUUUAUUUUCAGUCUUAGAGAUCUGCAGAUGCAAAAUGAAAAACAAGCUGCAUGUAUUGCUUUGCGGAUCAGACAAAAUAAUGAUGAGGCUGUGACCUUUCUUGAAUACAAUAUUAAAAAGCUGAUGAAAAUGUAAAAUCUCAAUGAAUAGCCUGCAUAAGUUUGCUUGCUGUUUGUCACAACUUUAUUGCUAAUGUAACAGUACAACUGAGCAGAGUUUGGCACCUUGAUGAGGGUUCAGCCAAUUUUUUAAGUAGAAUAUAUUUUCCAACUCAUGUCACAUUUCCCCAUAAUAUCAGUUCUAACUAUAAGACUCUUUAACAUUUACCCCAACCUUAUUUUAUAUGACUUCCUACUGGUGGAAAAGGUGGCAAAAAAUGAUUGAUUGGCAAGAACAGUAAAUAGACAACUUCUAUUUGGUAUCAUUAUUGCACAGAAUGACAUAAAGCCUUUAGCCAUUCAGCCCAACUGGUCGGUGAUAAAAACAAAAACAUAAAAACAAAAAAACUGCGGAUGCUGGAAAUCCAAAACAAAAACAGAAUUACCUGGAAAAACUCAGCAGGUCUGGCAGCAUCGGCGGAGAAGAAAAGAGUUGACAUUUCGAGUCCUCAUGACCCUUCGACAGAACUGUGUUUAUGCUCCACACAAGCUUCCUCCCACCCUUCUUCAUCUCAACCUAUCAAUACAUCCUUUUAUUCCCUUCUCACUCACGUACUUACUUCGAUUCCUCUUAAAUGCAUCUUUAUUAUUUAGCUCAACUACUCCCUCUGAUAGCGAGUUCCAUAUUCUCACUGUUCUUUGGAUAAAGAAGUUUCGCCUCAAUUCCAUGUAGGAUUUAUUGGCGGCUGUGUUAGAUUUAUGGCCCCUAGUUUUGGUCUCCUGCACUGAGUGGAAACAUCUUCUCCAUGUCUGCCCAAUAAAUCCUUCACAAUUUUAUAGACUUUGAUUAGGCCACCCCUCAGUUUUCUCUUUCCUAGAGAAAAUAGUCCCAGUCUGUUUAUUGGAAGGAUAAAACUAGUGAUUAAAGUAGUGUGAAAGAAAAGGGAAUAAAGAAUUGAUUUAAAAGCCAUUGUUUCAGGAUAAAGUUAGGAUGGGUAUUGUUGGAAAUAAAGUUCACAGGAUGAUAACUUGUGUUCUGCUAUGCAGUAAGCCCAUGCAGUACGUCACGGUUACAGUUGUUUGCAUAAAUCACCUUUUACAUUCCUGUCUAAAUUCUCAGGAUUAUUUUUUAAAACAAUUCUGUUACUGUGAAGACAUAUAGAUAUCCUUGUAUGAUGCACAUUUUCAUCAAAUUGGAAUAAAGUGAGGAAAAUCA